AGACGAGCCUGGGCAGCUGAUACUGCCUCCCGUGACUGUCUCUAUUGUACUACUCCACAGGCCAAUACCUCUCAUAACUAUCAUGGGCAGAUGUUGUACGGAUUUCUGGAUGGUAUUGGAGAGUAAACCCCGAAUUCUGUGAAGACGCUUGAAAUAGAGAAGUCAUGGAUUUCCCGGGGCACUUUGAGCAGAUUUUCCAGCAGCUGAAUUACCAGCGGCUGCAUGGACAGCUGUGUGACUGCGUGAUCAUGGUAGGCAGCCGUCAUUUCAAGGCCCACCGCGCUGUGCUGUCUGCCUGCAGUACGCAUUUCCGAGCCCUGUUUACUGCAGCUGAGGGAGAUGCCAGCACAAGAAUGAUCCACCUGGACUCUGAGGUGGUGACCGCUGAAGCAUUUGCUGCUCUCAUGGACAUGAUGUACACAUCCACACUGAUGCUGGGAGAGAGUAAUGUGAUGGAUGUCCUGUUGGCUGCUUCUCAUCUACAUCUAAAUGCUGUGGUGAAAGCCUGUAAGCACUACCUGACAACGCGCACUUUACCCAUGUCUCCACCCGGCGAUCGUGGCAGUCAACAUCACACUGAGCAACAGCAAGCUGCAGCAGCUGCCAACUCUCAUCUUCAGCGCUCAUUUCUGCUGCAGCAGCUCGGCUUGAGCUUGGUUAGUUCUGCCUUGAGUGGGGCUGAAGAUGGGGGAACAGGGACCCAGCGGAGAACGGGUGCAGUCUGUGGAAAUGGAUUGGUGGAUCAGCAUGGUUCUCACCCAACACGCCGUUUCUUAAAACGCAAACAGCCCUUACCCCUGAUCACUUCAGAAAGGGGAAGGCCACGGCUUUCCGCACAGAUGGACGGGAUCGUGGGGGAGUCAGGGGGCCGAGAUGGAGGAGAGGAGCUUCUGUCUCCAGAUUCCCACAGUAAAAUGGUGGACGAGGUGGUCGCUGGCGUUAUUCCUGUGGAUGAUGGAGGUUUACUGGAGCAGGAUGAAUAUCGAAGGGGACUGACCCACGAGGACAUGCAGCUCCCGAGCCAGUCAGAUGGAGGAAGGGGAACGGGAGCAGAAAAAACAUUGCUGCUGCCACGGAAAGAGGAGUAUCCAGAUGCAGGUCAUCAUGAUGAAGGGAUAAAGAUGAAGAGUGGAGGUGAGGAAGAAGAGCAGCAGCACAUGCAGGUCGUGGUGAAGAGCGAGCCACUGAGUUCACCCGAGGCUGUGGAUGAGACUAGCGACGUUACCUCACAGGCAGAAGGCAGUGAUCAGGUGGAGCCAGUUGGAGAAAAACUGGAGCUCAGUCCAGAGUGCAGUGAGCGGAGCUUCUCUGAUCCGCAACCCAGCUCUGAGCUGCUGAUCAAAGCAAACAAGGGAUUAGGAGCAGGAGACGACAGAAGAGGAGAGUCUCUAUCCUGCAGUGAAGCUCUUGAGUCCUCCUCUGGAUUGCACAUCACCAGUUUCCUCAGCACCAAGGCCUUUAUUGGCAGAGGGAUGUCUUCAAACCAUGCCAGUAGUGUUGACAGUGUUCCCAACACCACAACUGGAGAAUUUCAAGCAGACCACGAUUCUGCUCGCUUUUUCCUCCCGAAUGACUCCAUCAACGCCGCAUCUUCCUCUCUGCACCUCCUUCCAGGAGAGACCCAGGUCUGCUCUGACCUGCAGCCAGAGUCCCUCCUCGUGCGCCCGCUGCAUGAUGGAAUUGCAACCUCCUCCUCAUUAGGGACGUCUCGUGGUGGAUCGGUAGAUCAGCUUGCUCUUGAGUUCCAGCGCAACAUUUUGGGAUUACAAACGUUCCCUCAUUCGUCCAGAGGUGGAGGUGGUGGUGGUGGAGGGUGCCAAUCAUACCGGCGCAUCGCUCCUAAAGCUCCUCCAGGAGGGGCUUCGAUGUUUGUGGACGGCCCUCAGCAACAUGACGCUGCUUCCUCCUCCUCCUCCUCAACAAUGCUACUCAAUGGAGUCAACUUUGAGAAUUCUGUCCCCAUAGUUCAAAAUGGUGGCAACUCCAACUUGAACCCACUUCCCCAGUUGACCAGAGCCUCAGCAGAUGUCCUGAGUAAGUGUAAAAAGGCGCUUUCUGAGCACAACGUGUUAGUGGUGGAAGGUGCCAGAAAGUACGCCUGCAAGAUCUGCUGUAAGACCUUCCUCACUCUGACGGACUGCAAGAAACACAUCCGGGUUCACACUGGUGAGCGUCCAUAUGCCUGCCUGAAGUGUGGCAAACGCUUUAGUCAGUCCAGUCACCUGUACAAGCACUCCAAAACAACCUGCUUACGGUGGCAGAACAGCGAUAUGUCUAACGCCCUACUCUAAUUCAGGCACUCCAAAGAUGCCAAGCAUGGGCGACUGGCCACCGGUCAGUUUUUGACUGUUCUUACUUUAAUGUAUUUGCAGACAUGUACACUAUAGUCUCACAUCCACCAUUGUGAUGGCUGUGGUAACUGGUUUUAUUAGUAUAGUAUGAUUGUUAACAUAUUUUCAAUUAACAUGCCAUUGAUGGUACACAUGAAAGAGAUAGUUCGCCUUAAUAUGUAGCUUCCAACCUGUAUGGCUGACUUCUGCUGAACUCAGAUUUGUUUGUAAUGUUUUACAUUAACAAUACAGUUGAAUUGUUCUUGAAAAUACCAACUUUAGUGUUACGCAGAGGAAUAUAUGCUGCAUCAGAAUUAUGUAAAUUUACGAUCUGAUCAUAUUUUGUCCACAAACCACAUCAAUCUUCAAGGGAUAGUUCACACUAGACUGAAAAUUCUGUCCACAUUUACUCACCACCAAAAGAAGAUAUUUUGAAGAGAGCUGGAAACCAUUGACUUCCACUGUAUUUGUUUUCAUACUAUGGAAGUCAAAGAUGACCAAUUUUCAGCAUUCUUCAAAAAAAAAAAAACUACCUUAAAGAAAGAAAUGCUUAAAGGUUUGGAACCAUGUGAAGGUGAGUAUAUUUAAAUUUUUGGGUGAACUCUCACUCUCACUACUAUAAAGUUUGUAUAUAAACAUUAAUAAAGGUUGCAUAAUAUCAAGAAGACCUGGAAGUGAAAACACCUUCCAUUAAGAUGUCAUUAAGCAGCUUUUCUUUUACCUGUAAAAUGGUCCUAAUUUGAGAUUGGUCUUGCACUGAAAAGUCAGAAUUAAGCAAAAUUAAGAGGUAGUAACCAUUGACAAGAAAUGCUCACCAAGGCAGCAGGUGACUAAAACACAGGGUUGUGUAGAAAUCAUUUUAGGAAGCAAGUUGAAGGAUUGAUUGUUUAACCAUCAGGGAUCUCCAGUGAAUCUCCAUAUUUUUUCAGAAAUGCUGGACACUUUGAGACUCACAAGGUGUCAGACCUUCCUCUUCAGCCUAUAAUUCUUAAUAAGUGGGCAUCAUGUUUUAGAUUGUUCACCUUUACUAAGUCUCUGGGAAUCUGAUUCUUUGUACUUUGUCAAGUUCUUGAAAAACUGUGGAAGUUUCAAUAUUAUUGCAUCCUUUUUGUGUGCAUUUAAUAAUGUUUGACUUUUCAGUGGGAGUUAUAUUUUUAUUUUUGAGCCAUUUUCAGUGAAUGUGAAGUGAGUUUUCACUCCUAGUUCUUGUUGACAAUUCUGCAGCACUCUUAACUGACUAUCUACAUAACAAAUAGUGGUUAUUAAGAUAUUGGCUUGAGUAAAAACAUAAAAAUGGGCAGAAUAUCAGCUUGAAUAAUAUGCCUGCAGUGUAAGUCACACAGGUUUGGAUUGACAUGGGAGUAAAUGACAGAAUUUUCAUGUUUUGGUGAAGUAUCUCUUGUAGUUUCACUGUGAAAAGGUUUUGUUUGUAUUUUUAAGAAUGGUCAUUGAGAGUUCUGCUUCAUGCGUGUCAAGAGUUGGUCAGAACCUCAGUAGCUGAAUCCUACAUCAGGACCAUCAGAAGCUUUGCUGUUCAGUUCCUCUGUGUAAGUCAGAUGUUUGAGGUGUAUUGUCGGUUUGAAGUGUUUUAGUUUCUGAUGCCUCAGAAUUAUUUUCUAGGUGCAUGUUUAUGCUAGUAGUUCUCAACCGCUCAGCGGCUCUUAAAAUGACUGAAAUGUAUUGGGGAAGCCCAAACCAUAUUUUGCAAGCUAAUGCAGAAGCAUGAAAUUAGGUUGCGAGUGAAUGCAAAAAGACUUUCAUCCUCUUUCCUUUUCACUGUAUUCACAUCACCUUGUCCAGCACUGUUUUAGCAUACAGUUACACAGAUGUUAGCAUGUUGCUAAGCAGACGUAAUAGCACUGUUAGGUAAAUGGUGUUCAUAAAUAUUUUUUUUAGCAUUAUUAUAAUUUUAUAUACAUAAUCAACCAUGUUGGAGGCAUAUAGUUCACUCAAAAUCUUAAAUUCUGUCAUAUUUUAUGUUACUCACUCCCCACUUUUUCCAUAACUGUCAGAGUUUCUUUUUUUCUGUUGAACACAACAGAACUGAUUUUGAAGAAUGUUGGAAAUUGAUAGAGAUUGACACCCAUAGUUUUUUCUUCCAGCUAUGAAAGUCAAUGACCACUGCUUUACAAACAUUCUACAAAAUAUCAUCUUGUGGUCAAUAGAAAAAAAGAAACAAAAUUAAAUGUAAAAUGGUGAGUACGCAUGCUUUUAAAAUACUGUGUCUGUUGUCGCCCUUCAGUUUGACGUGUGACGUAGUGCAUAAUUCACGAGAAGAGUAGCAAACCAGUUUCACUGCUGUCACACUUUUUUUAUAAUUUACAUUUUGAGUCAACCUUGCUUCCUGGAUAACUUUAAGCUAAAUAAACACUCUAUUUUUACAAUUGUCGAUUUAACAACUAGUAAUUGUUUUCAAUUGUUAUAUUUGAUUUGUGAAAACAUAAAUGGAUUAGGUGCCAAAUUUAAGGGAUGGUUCACCCCAAAAUGAAAAUGUACUCACUAUUUACUAUCCCUCAAGUGGUUCCAAACCUUUACAAGUUUCUUUUUAUAUAGAACAACACAAAAAAGGAUAUAUGUUGGAAACCGGUAACCAUUGACUUAUUAUAGAAUGGUUACAGGUUUCCAGCUUUCUUCAAAAUAUCUUUUUGUGUUCAACAGCAGAAAGUCAAACCGGUUUGGAAAAAGUAAAGAAUUUUCUGUUUUGGGUGAUCUAUGCCUUUAAGAUGUUUCCCUGUUGCACAGCAGAGGUAUAUUUUACUGAUAGCAGUGUAUAUUUCUGCCAGUUUUUUUGUUAUUUAAAUAUUAAUAUAAAGAAAGGCAGAUAGAAAGCAGAACAUCACAUAGAUGGACAUUCACACUGUUAUACUCACAACUUCUUAUUUUCUUCUGAUAAUGUUGACAAAUUGAUUAAGUUAAGUACUGAUUUGGUUACUGAGAGAAGAGAAUUCAUGCGUACACAUUUUCCAUAGUAGCUAAUGCACAUGGUUUGUGAUUGCACUUAAUAUUGCAGAAUCUAAGCGAUAUCAAGCAGUGAUGAGUGAUGUUGGCAUUAAAAAUGGAUUUAAAGAUGUGACAAUUCAAAUGGGUUGAGAUGCCAAUGGAUGGUGAUUCAAAUAGAGUAGUUGAAUGAAUGAAUCUGUGGUGAACUGACAGUUUUUAGAAACGUUUACGUGAUAUUUUCUGUUCAUCUUGCCUUUGAACAAUACAUUUGAAAAGUAUUGUUCAUAAGUUAACUGCAGCGCUGCUUUGUUUACAAUGAUAACCUAGGAAACACUAUAGCUACGACCGAAAUGGCAUACUUUACCAAAGAGCUUAGAAUGACCAAGAGGCGACACUCAAUAGAACGUUCCAUUGCAACAGCAGCACCCAGCAACAGCCCCGGAUUCCACCAUUUUGGAGUGAAAGCGAUCGGCUGUCCAUUUGAUGGUAUUGCUGUUGCGAUGGCAAGCAGCUGCUUUGUUUUUUAUUUAUUUACUUAAAAAGCACAUUAAAGUUGAGAUACAACCUGAAAGAUGACAAUACAACACUUACUAUCACAAUCAUCAGCACUUUUAAUAGAUUAUUUUACAGACUUAUAAUAUGCUGUUGGUCUAUUGGAACUUUCAUUCCAAAAUGGCUGCCGCACUAUCUAGUGGCUGUUUCCCAAAUCGCACUAGAGUGUCGCCUCUUGGUGAUUCUAUGCUCUUUGACUGUACUACUCCUGUAUGUACUACAUUUGAAUUUGAAUUUACUUCCGAACUGAUAGAAAAUUACAAUUUAUAAAAUAUGAAUGGAAUUUGGGCACACUACAUCAAACAAUUUGUCAUUAUCACAUGAUCUACCCAGGUCAGUUGUGUCGCUUUACUUUCAUUCAUAAGUUCUCUCCUGUGGCCUUAUGGGAUAGUAAAUUGUCUAUUGUAUAUUCUCCUAAGAAUCUCACCAAAUUUUUUUUUAGGAAUUUGGACGUACUGCUAGUAGUGACGCACCGUAUUCAAUUUCUGUUCAAAUGCGCCACCUGUUGACAGGGAGUGAAUCUGAAUCUCAUUCAGCCCAAUUCUGCGACGAAACAAACUGUUCUAAGCAUUGUUAGAAAAGUGUUUAAUUCUGGUUCAUCCAUACGAAAACCUUUGUUUUUAUAUUUUUAAAAGGAGGCAGUGCCCCAAACCCUACACCUUAUUGGGCGAUGAGCAAAUCGUACAAAAAUUUACAAAUAAAAUCAUACAAAUGAUUACAAAUUAGCCAAUCAAUCAAAAAGUUACAAACUGGCAUGAGAUUGUGUUGUUUCAUUCAGCUCAUCAGUAGUUUCGUUCAGACAUUUUAUGUUACCGGCCAACACCCAGCAAACUAUUUUGUGUUUAAUAGACAUCUAAUUGUAGACCGCUUGGCUAAAAUAAGGCUAAACUUGGGCUGUGAAAAUCUAAUAGACAUCUAAGAAUAGCCCAAAAGUGGACUAGUCGUCAAAUAGACAGAUUUAACAGACUUUAUAUGUGUAGUCUUUCAUUUCUGUUUAUUUGAUGACUGGUCUAGUUUUGGCCUAUUCUUAGACGUCUAUUAGAUUUUCACUGACAGCCCAAAUUUAGCCUUGUUUUAGCCAAGACGACUAUGUUUAGAUGUCUAUUAGACAUCUUUUAAAAACAAAAAAUGCGUGCUGUGUAGUUUCACUAAGUGGGAUCAUUCUGUUUUUGCUUCAAAUUUUGAAAUUAUUUUGAUCAAUUUAGAUUAAUGGCGCACCAUUUUUUGGACGAUGAUUAAAAUGUGGUGGCUGGCUCUAAAUUUACACUGUAAAGAAAUUCUGGGUUCCACACAAUCAAUUUGUGUUGGGACAACAUGAAAGAAUUAAGCUAACUUAUUAGUUUUUACAAAAUUUACAAAUUUUACAAAGUGAAUUGAACAUAAAUAAAUUAAGUUUUCCCAAAAACCCCUUAAGAGUUAUGUUGUUUCAGCUCAGUUUAAAUAAGUAGUUCGAACAAACAGCAAAUGUCAUUUU